CAGCUAAUGGCGGCGGCCGCCUGAGGCGGCGCGGGGCGGCGGCGGCGGCACUGCGGGGCGCUCCCGGGGGCGCCGCUCUCCCGGCGACAGCGCGGCGGCCGAGGCGCGCCAUGGAGCGGCCGGCGGCGCUGGCAGCGGCGGCGGGCGCGGCGGGUGGCGAGGGCGGCGGGGCCGCGGGCCCGGGCGCGGCGGGCGGCAGGAGGCCCCCACGGGGGACGGCGGGCCCGACCCCCGGCGCCCGGCAGCCCAGCGCGGACGCUCUGGACAGUCCUACAGGGUCACAUGUUGAAUGGUGUAAACAGCUUAUAGCUGCUACAAUUUCUAGUCAGAUUUCAGGUUCAGUGACAUCAGAAAAUGUAUCCAGAGAUUACAAGGUUUUCAGGAGGCCUGAUCUAAGGAAUAUCCAUAAAGCAAGACAAAGAUUGGAGUUUCAGGAAGAACACAAUGGCUACCCUUCUGAAGCGGAAGCUGAUCAGGUGGCUCUCCGCGAUGGAAAUAAGCUGGCUCAGAUGGAAGAAGCACCACUCUUUCCAGGAGAAUCAAUUAAAGCCAUUGUGAAAGAUGUCAUGUACAUCUGCCCAUUCAUGGGAGCUGUGAGCGGGACCCUGACUGUGACUGACUUCAAGAUGUACUUCAAAAAUGUGGAGAGGGAUCCACAUUUCAUCCUGGAUGUUCCCCUUGGAGUGAUCAGUAGAGUCGAGAAAAUUGGUGCCCAGAGCCAAGGAGACAACUCUUGUGGCAUUGAGAUUGUGUGCAAGGAUAUGAGGAACCUACGGCUUGCUUAUAAACAGGAAGAACAGAGCAAAUUGGGGAUAUUUGAAAACCUCAACAAACACGCCUUCCCUCUUUCCAACGGGCAGACGCUAUUUGCAUUCAACUAUAAAGAAAAAUUCCCAACGAAUGGAUGGAAAGUUUAUGAUCCAGUAGCCGAAUACAAGAGACAGGGUUUGCCAAAUGAGAGUUGGAAAAUAUCCAAAGUAAACAGCAACUAUGAGCUAUGUGACACCUACCCAGCCAUCAUUGUUGUGCCAACCAGUGUGAUAGAUGAUGACCUUGCAAAAGUGGCAGCCUUUCGGGCAAAAGGCAGAGUCCCUGUGCUGUCCUGGAUUCAUCCAGAAAGUCAGGCAACGAUUACCCGUUGCAGCCAGCCACUUGUGGGUCCCAACGAUAAACGCUGCAAAGAAGAUGAAAAAUACUUGCAAACCAUAAUGGAUGCUAACGCACAGUCCCACAAACUAGUCAUCUUUGAUGCCCGGCAGAACAGUGUCGCUGAUACUAACAAGGCGAAGGGCGGGGGCUACGAGAGUGAAAGUGCCUACCCCAACGCGGAGGUCAUUUUCUUGGAGAUCCACAACAUCCACGUGAUGCGAGAGUCGCUACGCAAGCUCAAGGAGGUUGUGUACCCGUCCAUCGAUGAGACCCGGUGGCUGUCCAGCGUGGAUGGGACACACUGGCUGGAGUACAUCCGGAUGCUUCUUGCAGGAGCAGUAAGAAUUGCGGACAAAAUCGAAUCUGGGAAAACCUCCGUGGUGGUCCAUUGCAGUGACGGUUGGGACCGCACAGCCCAGCUGACAUCGCUGGCAAUGCUGAUGUUAGACAGUCAUUACCGCACCAUCAAAGGGUUCGAGACUCUCAUAGAAAAGGAGUGGAUAAGCUUCGGACAUAGCUUUGCAUUGCGAGUGGGCCACGGCAAUGACAACCAUGCUGACGCUGACCGCUCCCCGAUCUUCCUCCAGUUUAUUGACUGCGUCUGGCAGAUGACGAGACAGUUUCCAUCGGCCUUCGAGUUUAAUGAACUGCUGUUGAUUACAAUUUUGGAUCACCUUUAUAGCUGUCUCUUUGGGACUUUCUUGUGCAACUGUGAAAAGCAGCGGUUCAAAGAGGAUAUACAGACAAAGACCGUGUCUUUGUGGUCUUACAUCAAUAGUCAGCUCGAUGAGUUUUCUAACCCCUUCUUUGUGAAUUACGAACACCACGUCCUAUACCCGGUGGCUGCUGUGAGUCACUUGGAGUUGUGGGUAAACUACUACGUGCGAUGGAACCCACGCAUGCGGCCUCAGAUGCCGAUUCACCAGCACACGAAGGAGCUGCUGGCCGUGCGCGCGGAGCUGCAGAAGCGGGUGGACGAGCUGCGUCGGGAGGUGGCAGCGCGCGCCUCGUCCUCACCCGAGCGCUCGUCGCCGUCGCAGCCCGUCACCCCCGUGCACACGUCGGUGUGACACCCGCUGGGCCCUGCAGGAGCCUGGGAUCCCAUCUCGCGGCGCGAGGCCCUGUGCCCUCCACGCCUGGCUGGCACUGCCAAGUGGUGGCGGCCUGUGUUGCCAGGUGACAGCGCCCCAUGUCGUCACGUGCUUUUUGUGUUGUGAACACUCUGUGUCCCUCUGGCCGGCUAUCACAGUGCUCUGUGACCCGAGCUCCUAUGUGCCGGGUAGCUUGGGGGGGCACCGGAGUAAGGGGUGGUGGGUGUGGCUUGUGUCCGUCUGCCCUUCCCAGGCCCGAGGGAGGCACCAGCCCACCACCGCAGCAGUGGCCACAGGAGAGCUGAAGCCAAGCCCCGGGCCCUCCUCCUAGGGUACGUUGACAAAGUGGUUUGCAUCUGGGCCUGGAGCAGCCAGGCAGGCCGCCCUGCCCUAAGCGGCGCAGCACCCAAGGCACCGCGUGGCAGGAGCCGGGGGUGCCAGAGGCUGGCGCGCGGGGGCGCACUCGAGUGCAGUGCUGGUUCAGGCCAACAUCUGUUCGUGCCACUGCAUGUCACCGUUGGGAAGGUCCAGCAUGCACAGCCCUCGGUUUCCUCUUCCCCGCCCCCCACCUUCCGGCACUGCCACAGUGCCCCAGGCCCCCUGGGCCAGCCUCCCCACGACCAUCCUUUGCAAAGGGAUUCUUCAAAGGUUUUUACAAAGACUGAGAUGUUUUUUCAACUUGCAAUCUUCUGGUUCUUACAGAAAAAAAAUUUUUUUUCUGGUAUAAUUACGUAUUUACUCAAGGUCAUUUGAUACCCUACAAUUCUCCAUUUUUAUCAUCUGGGGGGUUUGUUUCUAAGUCAUAUAUAGUUGAAGGUCAUUUUUUGCCCCUGCCAUGUCCGAAAGUAUUUCUGGAAUGGCGUUUUUCAAAGUGACGCUGGUUCUUUCCCGUUCCCCCUCCCCCCAACACCGCCCAGUUGCACUAGGAAUAAUAAACUUGGUGUGGCUGGCGCAAGGCUCUUGACAGAACCAGAGGAGAAAGUGGCCUUAGCCCGGCCGGGGUCGGCGCACCUCAGGUGGGGCACCAGGGCCCCGAAACCGCCACUUGCCCCUCAGCAGCAUAUUGCGGGGCCCCUCCCAGCCUGAGACGGACAGGCGGACAUUCUACCCCCGAACUCGAGCGCUGGAACCCGAGCACUUCUUGUCUUCCACUUUACUGACGUGUACGAGAAUGUCAAACCUUCCUGGGUCAGGGUUUUAAAGCUGCCAUGAUACUGUAUUUGCCUCAGCCGAUGCACUGUACCCCUGGAAUUAAAACCGUGUUUGCCCCGUG